AUGCAAUGUACUAUUUGGGAGAUAUUUAUAUGAAUGGAAAACUUAAAGUGAUGAAAGAUGAAGGGCUUGGGUUGAAAUAUUUAAAAUUGGCAGCCAAUAAUAAGAAUGAUAGGGCAAUUGCUUUAUUAAAAAAAUUAAAUAAGUACUAG